UCGGUGGACUUCAGCAGUCUGCGGGAAAUGACGGUCUUAAGAGCGCGGGGUCUCGUUUAGGGUGAGUGGAGGCAGUGGGGGGUGAUAUCCUUCGGUUCCGGGGAUCUCAUCGAGCAUGGAGUCAGUACUGCAGAAAUACGUCAGUCCUGGGAGAAUGUUAUUUUCCUUGUGCUUUGCUUGAUCCCUGCAGCUGUAGAGAGACUUCUCUGCAAUAAUUCCAGGCUGAUCUCCGCUGCGCACGUCUUCUUGAAACAAGGAAAAAGUUGAUGGUCAUGGCUGUAUCUACCUUGAUUCGGAGCUUUGGGUCACUGCUGCUGACUUCAGGUCCUUGCCUCUCACAGAUACCUGCAUCUUCCAAGCCCAUCUGUAUUGCUGGGCAACUCCAUGCAUACUGUGGAAUCAGCACUUCUGCUGCUUGUUCUACUAACGAUCCCUUUUGGAAAUGCAGGGUCAAGUACACAAUCGAUCCCAUUGCCAUGAAAAAGACAGGAGGCCGAGAUCAUACAGGCCGUAUCCGUGUGCAUGGAAUUGGAGGGGGGUUUAAGAAGUUCUACCGCAUGAUUGAUUUCCGAAGGCUGCAUCCUCAAGAUGGAGCGGAGCCUGUCACCUUUGAGGAGAAGGUGAUUGAGAUCCUAGAUGACCCGUGCAGGUCAGGUAACAUAGCUCUGGUAGCUGGAGGGAAGCGGAAACGCUGGAUCAUUGCAACGGAAAACAUGGAGGUUGGCAACAUCAUCAAAACAUCUGGACAGAUAGGCAGGAUGGCAGUCUUGGCUAAUGAGGGAGAUGCAUAUCCAGUUGGAGCCCUGCCAGUUGGGACCCUCAUCAACAACUUGGAGAGCCAUCCUGGGAAAGGAGCACAGUAUAUCCGAGCAGCAGGAACCUGUGGCGUGUUACUAAGGAAGGUGAAUGGCACAGUAAUUAUACAGUUGCCCUCCAAGAGGCAAAUGCAGGUGCUGGAGACUUGCAUGGCUACAGUGGGACGAGUUUCCAAUGUUGACCAUAACAAGGAGAUCAUUGGGAAAGCUGGCCGGAACCGGUGGCUAGGAAAGCGCCCAAGGAGUGGUCUGUGGCAACGCAAAGGGGGCUGGGCGGGACGGAAGAUCAGACCCCUCCCACCCAUGAAGAGCUAUGUAAACCUGCCAACAGCAGAUACGCGGUGUUGAUGGUUGGCCCUUGUAGGAUGAGCUGUCUGGGAUUCUGUCAAUAAAAUCUACCCCUUCUACCAAUUCA